GCCAAAGUAACAAAAAACAGUGUGGGCACUCUUCUCUCUACAGAAUCAAAUCCACCAGAUUUGUUAUAAGAAAGAAAGAACAAAAAAAAAACGACCCUUUCUUUUGUGUUUAGCCUUAAACGCCUAAACGAUACGCAACCCUGUUCAGGAGAAGGAAGGCACACAAAGUCUCUCUCUCUUCCUUUACCAUCCUGCACGUUCCGCCCCGACAAUUUCCGGGUCGGGUCAAUGUCAAUAACGACGGGAACUGUUUAUAAUCAUCCCCAGUUCAUCAACUACUUUGAGAUCUCUUUCAGAUAGAUUUUAUUUUUAGGGUCAGGUUUAAUCAAAUCCCGUGGAGAUGGUUGAGAAUGAGAGCUCCUCCUUUGAUUACCGGAGCAUUAGAGAAGCCGCCUGUAACGCCGGCGCCGGAGCCACCGCAGGGGCGAUUGCGGCGACUUUUGUUUGUCCAUUAGAUGUGAUCAAGACAAGGUUGCAAGUUGUUGGUCUCCCGGAAGCUCCAGCGUCGGGGAAAAGAGGUAGUGUGAUCAUUACAAGCUUACAGAAUAUAGUUAAGAAGGAAGGUGUUAGGGGAAUGUAUCGAGGGCUUUCACCAACCAUCAUAGCUCUCCUUCCCAAUUGGGCUGUAUACUUCUCAGUUUAUGGGAAGCUAAAGGAUGUACUUCAGUCAAGUGAUGGCAAGCUUAGUAUUGGGGCAAACAUGGUAGCGGCUGCUGGUGCCGGAGCUGCCACUUCUAUUGCAACUAAUCCACUUUGGGUUGUCAAGACAAGACUAAUGACGCAAGGAAUUAGGACGGAUGUGGUACCUUACAAAAGCAUUAUGUCUGCUUUUAGUAGGAUUUGUCAUGAAGAAGGAUUGCGAGGACUUUACAGUGGCAUUUUACCUUCUUUAGCGGGGAUAAGCCAUGUUGCAAUCCAGUUUCCAGCAUAUGAAAAGAUCAAGGAAUACAUGGCAACCAUAGAUAAUACAUCCGUCGAUAAUCUGAGUCCUGGAAAUGUUGCUAUUGCCUCUUCGAUUGCGAAAGUACUCGCCUCUGUUUUGACUUACCCACACGAGGUAAUUAGAGCCAAACUUCAAGAACAAGGGCAAAUGAGAAACGCUGAGACUAAGUAUUCCGGAGUUGUUGAUUGCGUCAAGAAGGUGUUUAGAAGCGAAGGGAUUCCUGGAAUGUACCGUGGAUGUGCCACUAAUCUACUAAGGACAACUCCAUCGGCAGUUAUUACGUUUACAACCUAUGAGAUGAUGCUUAGAUUUUUCCGACAAGUUGUGCCACCAGAGAUUAAUAAGUCGGGCGGUCACAAUAGAGAAGAAGAAAUAAAGAGUUUAGUUAGUCGACAGGGAACAGAAGAAGAUGAGAGAGAAUCACAUACUGAAUCUAAUAAAAUCAACACUUCCCCUAUCCCUCUUGGAAGCAAAUAAGGCUUGUUUUCAGAGUAAAGACAUGCUCCUGAGUUUUCUUUUUCGUAUUGCCAUGUUUCAAUUAAGUGAUUUUUCCCCUUGCGGUGAUCAAGUUGUAACCUAUUCUCGUCGCCCUAACAAAUGUAUAACUUUUGGCCCUUCUGAGUUAUGAUGAUAAGCGAA